AUGUCGGACGCUCUGAUCAAUGGAUUGGCUGGAGCUGGUGGUGGGAUCAUUGCUCAGCUCCUCACUUAUCCUCUCCAAACUGUAAAUACGCGCCAACAGACGGAGCGGGAUCUGAAGAGGGAGAAGAAGAAACUUGGAACUUUCCAACACAUGUGCCAGGUUGUGAAACAAGAGGGAUGGGAGCGAUUAUAUGGCGGAUUAGCGCCGUCUCUUGCUGGAACUGCGGCAUCACAGGGGGUUUACUAUUACUUCUACCAAGUGUUUCGGAAUCAGGUGGAAGCUGCAGCUCUUCAGCAAAGCAAGAAAGGUUUGGGUGACGGAUCCGUUGGGAUGUUCUCUUCACUUUUAGUGGCUGCAUUAGCCGGAUCAGUCAAUGUUCUUAUGACGAAUCCAAUUUGGGUGAUUGUUACGCGCAUGCAGACCCACAGAAAAAUGCCAAAAGAACAAAAGAUAGUCUCUGAGUCACCUUCUUCUGUUGCGGAAGCUCUGGUUCCUGUUGAGCCGCGUCCCUACGGAACCUUUAAUACGAUUCGAGAGGUUUACGAAGAAGCUGGAGUGACUGGCUUCUGGAAAGGUGUAAUUCCAACAUUGAUCAUGGUAAGUAAUCCAUCAAUGCAAUUUAUGCUGUACGAGACAAUGUUAGCAAAGCUGAAGAAAAAGCGUGCCUUGAAAGGUAGCAACAACGUAACCGCCUUGGAGACAUUUCUUCUUGGAGCUGUGGCUAAACUCGGAGCUACAGUCACAACUUAUCCACUCUUGGUCGUAAAGUCGCGACUUCAAGCUAAACAGGUCACAACAGGGGACAAAAGACAACAGUACAAAGGAACGCUGGACGCGAUUCUGAAAAUGAUAAAAUACGAAGGGCUUUACGGGUUUUACAAAGGGAUGAGCACAAAGAUUUGCCAGAGCGUUUUAGCGGCUGCGGUUCUGUUCAUGAUCAAGGAAGAGCUUGUCAAGGGAGCUAAGCUUUUGCUCUCAAACGCGAGCUCCAGCAGCAGAGUCAAGUCUUAA